GCGGGAUUGAGAGACGGAGAGAGGAACCGAGGCAGCGAGGGGGGGUGGGCAAAAAAAGGAAAAGAAGAUUUUUUCUCUAUGUAUAUAAAGAUGGCCACGUUAGCAAACGGACAAGCAGACAAUCCAAGCCUCAGUAGCACCCACUCUAACCCCAACCCCAGCGGGCACAUGAACGGAUUAAACCACAGUCCGGGGAACUCCGCCACCAUUCCCAUGAAGGACCACGAUGCCAUCAAGCUCUUCAUUGGGCAGAUCCCGCGCAACCUGGAUGAGAAGGACCUCAAGCCGCUUUUCGAAGAGUUCGGGAAAAUCUACGAACUGACGGUGCUGAAGGACCGCUUCACGGGGAUGCACAAAGGUUGUGCCUUCCUAACAUACUGUGAAAGGGAGUCUGCUCUUAAAGCUCAAAGUGCAUUGCACGAACAGAAGACACUGCCAGGGAUGAACAGGCCGAUCCAGGUGAAACCAGCGGACAGCGAGAGCCGAGGAGGUAGCUGUGUUCUUUCUUUAUAA